UGAAGACAGCACUCAGAGAGGCUGCUACAUGUUGGAGUUCCUCACAGCUUCUAUGAAAGAUCGGGAUUGCCUUCAUUACUUGGCUUUCUUUGAAUAUUUUCAUGGAUUUUGAACAGUGAUCCUGAAUGAAUGUGGUGGACUUAAAUCUGAAGCUUCUUCACUUUGGGUCGUGAUGAAAACCAUUGGAUGGGAAAAUUGACUGGCUGAAUUGAACUAGCAACCUUUAUAAAGUCUUUAUGAUGAUGGCUCCCCGUAGCUGAUUUUUUUCUCUGUUGCCUUGCUGUGACCAUGUUUGCCAGGAUCUUCAUUCCCAAGAAGCAUCGGCAGCGCUUUGACGAGGCAGUUUCUCAGAGUCUCAUCAACCGCAUGUGCCGUAGCAAGAGCCUGGGUGAGCCCCAAAACAGGCUCCGCCGAAGCCGAAGUCAAGACCACCACGAGCGUCCUCAAGGCUCAAAACGGACCAGUUCUGUGCCCAGAGAUACAGGUGAUGACCCGGCCCAACCCGAGCGUGGCCUUAGGAAAAGCACCACCAUGAUUCCCAGCCACUAUGCCACUGGAGCCAACCAGAGAACCAUCCGUGUGUACAGGGGUAAGAAGAGUUUUGGGUUUACUCUGAGAGGUCAUGCUCCAGUGUGGAUCGACUCAGUAAUGCCAGGUAGUCCAGCCGAGGCGUGUGGCCUUAAACCAGGAGACCGCAUAUUGUUCCUCAAUGGCCUAGACAUGAGGAACUGCUCCCAUGAGAAGGUGGUAUCCAUGCUGCAGGGCAGUGGCGCCAUGCCCACUCUAGUGGUGGAAGAGGGCCCUGUAGACUAUCCGCUCUCAGAUUCAGAGUCAGAGGAGACCCCCACCAUCCCCCGCUCGCGUUCCCCGGCCCUCAGCUCCCUGCAGUGGGUAGCUGAGAUCCUGCCUCCCAGCAUCCGCGUGCACGGCCGUACCUUCAGCCAGCAACUUCAACACCUCCUCACCCUACAAGAAAGAUAUACCAUUUGCAAAGCUCUGGAGACCUUCUUCCAGCACAGGAAUGUGGACACACUCAUUGUAGAUGUGUUUCCAGUGCUGGACACUCCAGCCAAGCAGCUGAUUUGGCAGUUCAUUUACCAGCUGCUGACCUACGAGGAACAGGAACACUGCAAGAGCAAGAUCGCCCGCUUCCUGGGCUUCAAGAGUGCAGAACCAGAGGUAGGUCCAGAAACCCACAGACGGAGCAGCUCCAUGCGAGUGUCAGGUACCUCUCACAAAAACACUGUGAGAGAGAGAAGCUCAGACGACUGCAUUAUCGGCACUCACCUGGGAAUGGGAACAUUCACUGACCCUGUGACUCCAGAGGAAAGACAGUGUGGGGAUGGGACUUCCUUCCCAGAGUCCCCAGAUCUCAGCCACAUGUCAGGAGUGUACACGGAGCUUGAGAACGUGUAUCCCGGGAAGAGCAACCAGUCUCUCCAGAGUCACUCCUCACCCAGGGCUGUCGGCAUGGGCCACACUGAGAACAAUACAUACACUCAGUCUUUCACACACAGUAACACAGGGAACCGUAAGUCAGGCCUCUCUCUUUCAUGGACUGAAUCUUUUCCUGGCUCUCAGUUCGAGCCUUACCAGCAGACUGUUCCUUCUCCAGACAGUGUGGACUCUAAUCCUUAUGUUAGUUUUGACAGCCCCCCAGCCUCCCCCUUGCCUUCUGAUGAGCCCAGUCCUCUGCCCCAGCGCAGGAAGCUGUUUACCUUCUCACGGCCACCUCGCAGCCGAGACACUGACAAGUUCCUGGAUGCUCUGAGCGAGCAGUUGGGCCACAGGGUCAAUAUCGUGGAUGACUUUAAAGGAGGGGAGAAUGACUAUGAGGAGAUGAGUUUCCAGGAUGACCAGGAAGUGAACAUGCUGCCUCAUGAGUUAAGCAGUGCCAGCAGUGAAGACCACAGUAGCAGCGAUGACUCCACCUCAGUCUCCUACUCCUCAGGGUCUGACCACAUCCCCCCUCCCCCUCAGAGUCCUCCGCCCCCACCACCUCCCAUCCAGUUCACCGACCCACCCUCGGCCCAUCCCCUCACCCCAGAGCACUUGCCCCAACCUCCCCCAGCCUUCCAGCACCACCCCAUUAUAGCUCCACCCCCACCUCCACCUCGGUCCUUCCUUACUAACCGCCCCUCGUUGCACAAGGUGCUGCCCACCCGUGAGGAGUUCAGGACCCAGCACACCCAUCCUCGACGCUCCUCUCCCCAGCCCAGCGCGCAAUCCGUUCUGCAGCUGCACCAACCAAAGGCUCACCCCAUCCUACAGUCAACCCCGCACACCUCCCCUCAACCCCCGCACGCAACCACACAGCACACUCACCUGCGGCAUCCCACCCAGUCAGUCUACCAGAGCAGGCAGACCUCUGCUUCCAGAACCUCCCCUAACGUGACCAAACAAAAGAGCCUCCAUUCCCAACAAAGCUAUGAAGGCACACUCUCAACCAAGGUUCCCCCACCACCACCACCGCCACUUCCUUUACCCCCACCUUGUGGUCCUCCACCUUUGCCCAAAGCCAGCCUGAAAGCCUCUGACAACAACCACAUGAGUGUUAAAAGACUGCGCUGGCAGCAGGUGGAGAACUCUGAAGGAACUAUCUGGGGACAGCUUGGAGAUGAUCCUGACUAUCAUAAACUCAGUGACAUGGUCAAGUACCUGGAUCUGGAUCUGUACUUUGGCACACAGAGGAAUUCUAUCUCUCUUCCAGAGCCCACUUUCCUGCCUGAGAACUUUAAAAAGAAAGACGUGGUUGAGAUUCUCUCCUAUAAAAAGGCCUACAACGCUUCUAUCCUCAUAGCGCAUCUGAAGCUGUCCCCGAAGGAACUGCGAGAAAUUCUCAUGACCAUGAGCACCGAGCGUCUGGAACCCGCACACAUUAAACAACUGUUGCUUUACGCUCCCGACGACGAGGAGGUAAAACGGUUUCAGCAUUAUGACCAGGACCCUGCCAAGCUCAGCGAGCCCGACAAGUUUGUCCUACAGAUGCUACUAGUUCCUGAGUAUAAAACCAGAUUGAGGUGUCUUCUUUUUAAGACCACCGUGCAGGAGAAAACAGAAGAAAUGAGAGGCGCAUAUGAAUGCAUAUACAAAGCCUCAUUAGAGCUUAAAAACAGCAAGAGGUUGGCCAAGAUCCUGGAGUUUGUUUUAGCAAUGGGAAAUUAUCUGAAUAAUGGUCAACCCAAGACGAAUAAAACAACAGGAUUCAAAAUUAAUUUUCUUACUGAGCUGAACACAACAAAAACUGUCGAUGGAAAGUCAACUUUCCUCCAUAUUCUUGCCAAAUCAUUAUGCCAACACUUCCCAGAACUCCUCAACUUCGCCAGGGACCUCAUAACAGUGCCACUAGCUGCCAAAGUCAAUCAAAGGACCAUUACUGCUGAGCUCAGUGACCUUCACUCCACCAUCCAGGAAAUAAGAACCGCCUGUGUGAAAAUCCCAGCUACAGCAGAGGAUCGCUUCGCAUUGGUUAUGAAUAGCUUUCUGGAAAACUGUCAUCCAGCUGUGCAGUCCCUAGACUCCUUGCAGCAAAGAGCAAUGGAUGAAUUUCAUAAAGUGGCCUCGUAUUUUGGAGAAGACAGUAAAGCCACGACCACAGAAACCUUCUUUGGCAUCUUUGCUGAAUUUAUCUCCAAAUUUGAGAGAGCACUGAGUGAGACGCAAGGAACAGAAAUCCGCAGAAGCCCCCGAAUAGCUUCGCCGCUGGCCUGGUGAAACCAACAGCAUCUGCUGUUUCUAACCCAGAAUGCCCAUGUGCCAAUAAAAACAGGGAACUUGAUAGCGUGAAAGGAAACAAACCUUACUUUAAAUGUCUUGGAUGAAUUAAAAAUAAU